AUGCGUCCUCUUACAGAACCAGAGACGCAAACUUUGUUCCAGAAGCUGGCGCAUUAUACCGGCAACUCCCUCAAGAACCUGAUCGCUCCGCUCGACGAUUCGCCGACCGCAGACCGAUAUGUCUUCCGGGUACACAAGGACCGUGUGUAUUAUGUGAGGCUGUCGAUUGCAAACUUGGCCGUGUCGAUUGAGCGCGAGAAAUUGACCUCCCUCGGCAUCUGCCUCGGCAAGUUCACCAAGACGGGCAAGUUCCGACUGCACAUCACCUCGCUCCCGAUCCUGGCCGAGCACGCGCGGUACAAGAUCUGGGUGAAGCCCAACGGCGAGAUGCCCUUUCUGUACGGCGGCAACAUUGUCAAGGCGCACGUGGGGAGGUGGUCCGACGACUGCCCGGAGCACCAGGGCGUUAUUGUGUACAGCAUGAACGACACGCCGCUGGGGUUUGGGAUCACGGCGCGGGGCACGAGCGAGGCGAGGCGGUUGGAUCCUACGGGCGUUGUGGCGUUCCGGCAGGCGGAUUGUGGGGAGUAUCUGCGGGAUGAGGAUAACCUGUUCGCGUCGGGAUAG